CGUUUAUUCCCUACAUCUCAUCAACAUCUGCCGCGGGCUCUUGCCUCAUUUCUCUGACUGGCCUGCAGGGAAGCAGAAACCUAGAAAGACGGGAGGAAGGCAGAAACCUGGAGACGGACCUGAGGCUGAGGAAGAGGCCAGGGCUGCAGCUGGUCUUCCACCCUUCUCCUCUCUCUUCCCACCUCAGCCAAAGCCCUUCAAGGUCCCCUGGGGCGCAGCCCUUCUCCCUCCGGGGCCCCUGGUGCCCCUCAGGGCCUGCAUCCCACCAUGUCAGUGGCUGUGGAGACCUUUGGCUUCUUCCUGGCAGCCGUGGGGCUGCUGAUGCUGGGGGUGACCCUGCCAAACAGCUACUGGCGAGUGUCCACUGUGCACGGGAGUGUCAUCACCACCAACACGAUCUUCGAGAACCUCUGGCACAGCUGCGCAACUGACUCCAUGGGAGUCUACAACUGCUGGGAGUUCCCGUCCAUGCUGGCCCUCUCCGGAUACAUCCAGGCCUGCCGGGCACUCAUGAUCACCGCUAUCCUCCUGGGCUUCCUGGGCCUCUUCUUGGGCAUUGUGGGGCUGCGCUGCACAAACAUUGGGGGCAUCGUGCUCUCCAGGAAGGCCAAGCUGGCGGCCACUGCAGGGGUCCUACACAUACUGGCUGGUUGCUGCGGGAUGGUGGCCAUCUCUUGGUAUGCCUCCAACAUCACCCAGGACUUCUUCAACCCCUUAUACUCAGGAACCAAGUAUGAGCUGGGCCCUGCGCUCUACCUGGGCUGGAGUGCCUCCCUUUUGGCCAUACUGGGUGGUGUCUGUCUCUGCUCCAACUGCUGCAAGGCUCCGGACGAGGACCCCGCUGCCAGCACCCGGCUCUCCUACAAGGCCUCCGCAGUGCGGUCUGCUGCCCUUGCUGCCCACCUGCCCCCUGCAGCCUCGGACGGAGACGGCGACAACAGCUUUGACAAAUACGGGAAAAACGCUUAUGUGUAGAAGCCGUGGCCUGUAGGCCCUACUCCCCUUCCACUGCCCCCCAGUGGAAAGGGAUCCCUCGAACCCAGGGCAGCAGGUGCCGACUGCUGCCUGCAGUUACCACCUCAGGGCCAAGCCACACCUGGGGCUCCACUUUGGGCCUGGAAGCCACACCCUGCUCAGGCCCUGCCUCCUCAGCCAGAGCUCCUUCCAGGUGACGCUUCCCUGCUCUGGCCUAGAACCCGCCUCCUGAGGACUCACUUUGGACUCCUGAGACUGGACUCAAACCCUCUUUAUCUUCUGAGUCUGGGGUCUGGGCGGCUAGGCAUGUGGGGACGACCCCGAGCGGUUGCAUUCCAUAUAAAUACAUGCAUAAAUAAAUUUGUAUUGUGAACUGUUCA